GGAACAUAUGCGACUGAAGAUGCGUGCCCGCUCGGGCCACCGCCUUGCCAGAAACAAGAAGACACGCAACCAGUCCAAACCGCCCCCUUCGAUCCUCCUUUCUCUACAACCAGCUUUCCUGGCCUCAAUCUCGGAGUGCCAUGCCCUUUGGUGAUUCUGUCUAUUUACUUUAGGUGGUUUCGCGGUCAUUCUCUAACGGUUUUUCUUUUUCCUUUCUCUUCUUUCUUCACAAUGUCUUCUCCUUCCUCCUCUCUCCGAAAGAGAGGCGGCAAGAAGGAGGAUUAUGCGGCGGUACCAUCGGGUAAUGCCUCGCUGCACCCUGCGGUCGCGGCUGCACGCAAGCAGUCGGAGUGGGAUUAUUGGCUGGCCAUGAUCGUGCUCACUGUGUUGGCAUUUGCGACUCGUUUCUACCGGAUUGAUUACCCAAACGAGGUUGUCUUUGAUGAAGUUCACUUUGGCAAGUUUGCCUCCUACUACCUUCAGCGCACGUACUUCUUCGAUGUGCACCCUCCCUUCGGAAAGCUUCUGUUUGCCUUUAUGGGCUGGUUGAUCGGAUACGACGGCCACUUCCUAUUCGAGAACAUUGGCGACUCGUACAUCGACAACAAUGUACCUUACCUCGCUCUCCGCGCAAUGCCCGCUACACUCGGUGCCCUGACGAUUCCCGUUGUUUUCUUGAUCAUGUGGGAGUCUGGAUAUUCGCUCCCAGCCUGUGUGCUGGCAGCUGGUCUGAUGGUGUUUGACAAUGCGCACGUUGGCGAGGACCGCCUCAUCCUCCUGGACUCCACUCUAGUGUUGUCUAUGGCUCUCAGCAUUCUGUGUUAUGUCCGUUUCUACAAGCUGCGUCACCAGCCAUUUAGCCGUAAGUGGUGGAAGUGGCUACUUCUGACUGGUUUCUGCAUGAGCUGCGUCAUCUCGACCAAGUACGUUGGUUUCUUUACCUUCGUGACCGUCGGUGCUGCCGUCUUGAUCGACCUGUGGAACUUGCUGGAUAUCAACCGUCGCCAGGGUGCCCUUGAUAUGUACACCUGGAUCAAGCACUUUGCCGCUCGUCUGGUUGCCCUGAUCAUCAUCCCCUUCUUCUUCUACCUCUUCUGGUUCCAGGUCCACUUUGCUGUCCUGAACCGGUCCGGACCUGGUGAUGAGUUCAUGUCCCCCGAGUUCCAAGAGACCCUUAGCGACAAUGCGAUGACCGCUCAGUCCGUCGGUGUCCAGUACUAUGAUAGCAUCACUUUGCGCCACAAGGACACCAAGACCCUUCUCCACAGCCACUGGGAGAAGUACCCGCUGCGCUACGAUGAUGGCCGUAUUUCCAGCCAGGGCCAGCAAGUGACCGGUUACCCUCACAACGAUACCAACAACUUGUGGCAAAUUAUUCCCACUAAGCCUCUCGUCGACGAUGCCAAGAGCGUCCGUAACGGAGACAUCAUCCAGCUCCUCCACGUUGGCACCAACAGCUACCUUCUCACCCACGAUGUCGCUUCUCCAUACUACCCGACCAACCAGGAAUUCACCACCGUGACUCCCGAUUUGGCCGAGGGUGAGCGCCACAAUGACACUCUGUUUGAGCUCAAGAUCGAGAACGGCAAGCCUGCUCAGGAGUUCCGCACCUUUGCUAGCUUGAUUAAGCUCAUCCACGUUCCUACCCGUGUUGCCAUGUGGACACACACCACUCCUCUUCCCGAGUGGGCCUUCAAGCAGGCCGAAAUCAACGGUAACAAGAACAUCCUACAGUCCAGCAACUUGUGGUUCGCCGAGACCAUCGAUGGCCUCGCACCCGAUAGCCCGCGCCUGGUGCGGGAGGAGCGCAAGCCCAAGUCUAUGUCGUUCCUCCGCAAGUACUUUGAGCUCCAGGGUGCCAUGUUCCACCACAACAACGCGCUGACUAGCAGCCACCCGUACGCUACCGAGCCCUUCCAGUGGCCGUUCUUGCUGCGUGGUGUGAGCUUCUGGACCAAGAACGAGACCCGUGGUCAGAUCUACUUCCUCGGUAACCCUAUUGGAUGGUGGAUUGCCAGCAGUCUGCUGGCCGUGUUUGCUGGUAUUGUUGGUGCCGAUCAGUUGUCCCUCCGCCGCGGAGUUGACGCAUUGGAAGAGAUCUGGGGUCCCGGAGCCCGCUCUCGGCUGUACAACAGCACUGGAUUCCUGUUCCUCUGCUGGGCCGCCCACUACUUCCCCUUCUGGUUGAUGGGCCGUCAGCGCUUCCUGCACCACUACCUGCCAUCUCACCUGGUUUCAACCAUGGUCACGGGUGCGUUGAUUGAGUUUAUCUUCAACCUGCAGCCCCUGGACCCUGCCACCGCGGCACCACCCGUGGAUGACCCCUCCGGCAAGGCCAAGGCGUACCGCAACCCCGGUCGCUUCGUGACUGCCAAGGAGCGCAUGGGCCGCAGGUCCGUCAUUGCGGGAUGGAUCGCGACGCUGGUCAUUCUGGCGUUUACUAUCUAUGGGUUCGUCUUCUUUGCUCCGUUGACUUACGGUACGCCCGGUCUAGACGUGGACGGCGUCCUUGCUCGCAAGUGGUUGAACUAUGAUCUCCACUUUGCCAAAUAAGGCGCGAUCAUGGAAUUUUGACCACUUCCCACUGCUUUUCCCUCGAUGAUCUCUGAUUCUUGACUUUUGAUUCUUUGAUUUACACACUUGCCACACUAGUUGGAUAUGAAGAUGAUUUUGGCCGAGCUCUGGGAGGAAAAAGACCUUCGUUGUCCCAUCUCUGCUUUUUGACACCAUUGUUUGUAGGAGUAUGGGUAUCAAUGUUUGCUGGCAACUUUUGCGUUAGAGGGGGCCAUGGAUGGUGUUUGAACUUUGAUAGGGCUGCCGUGUGCAAUGUAUGGGUUGACCUGCCGUCUGCCGUGUGUAUCUAUCGGCUAUCUCCAUGUAUUUCGAUUGGUUUUGCUUUUUCUUUCGUUUCUGAUUCCCCGUAGCCACAAGUUCCGCUGUAUUCCAUGUCCAGUCCCG